AUGCUGGAUCGUGAUGAGCCAUUCCUGAAGCGGCGUGACCGGCUGCCAGAGCCAGCCCAGGCGCCCAAGAGCAUCAGCGCCUGGGAGCUCAUCAAGGAGUUUGUUGGCAAGGACCUGGCAAGGAUUACGGACCUGUCGCUUCCUGUGGCGCUAUGCGAGCCGGUGACAGACAUGCAACGGCGGGGAGACUUCCUGGAGUAUGUGGAGCUGCUCCAUGAGGCAGCAGAGCUGCCAAAGGGCAGCAUGGAGCGGCUGCUCAAGGUCACAGCCUUUGCAGUCAGCAUCUACUCCUGCGUGUAUCGCCCCUUUGCACCCUGCCGCAGCCCCAAGGGAGAAACCUUCGAGCUUGUUGCCCCAGACAAAGGCAUCAGGGCCAUCGGUGAGAAGUGUGGCGAGUGCCCGGGAGUCAAUGCCUUCUUGUGUGAGGGGCGGGGAUGGGUGCUGUCCUGCGAUGAGAUGAACAAGAUGGAGUUUAGGGGUCAGUACGCCAACAUCAGGCCAACAGGGCUGAUCCGCAUCGACUUUCAUGAUGGGGAGGAGUUCAAGUGGAACCCGCUCCUGACAAUCGUGCAGCACAUUAUUCUGGGCACACACUACCUGGACCACAACGGCAACCUCCAUAUCCAGACCUCUGCCGCCCCCCACGCCAGCAGCGUCCGCUUCAAGGAGCCCUUCAUUGCAUUCACCAACAAGCAAGUGCACCAGGUGAAAGGGCAUGUUGAGGUGGGCGGGCAGAAACUGGAGCACCCUCUGCUGCAUGGCAAGUGGGACGGCGCCCUCUGGGCCACUCUUGCGGACGGCAGCGAGCAGCUGCUCUGGCAGAAAAACCCUCCCCAUGAGCACCCUUCCAGGUUUGGCUUCUCGCAGUGGGCGCUUUCGUUGAAUGACAUGCCGGAGGGGCUGGAACGUCUGCUGCCGCCGAGUGACAUGCGCUGGCGGCGCGACCUGCGGCUGCUGGAGCAGGGGGAAUACGACGCGGCGGAGGGGGAGCGAAAGCGCUUGCUCAAAAGGGUCGCCAGUGCGCGCGCUGCCGCCACCCAACCCCACGAGCCGCGCUGGUUCCAGUUCCACCCGGAGGUGAAGUUUGGGGAGGGACGGAGGUACACUUACAAGGGAGGCUACUUUGAGACUCGCAGCAGCGUGAAGAGCGGUGCAGGGCGCUGGGAAGGCUGCCCUGAUUUGUUUGGGGAUGGGGAGGAUGGCACAGGCGUGUACCCUUGA